AUGGCGAGGGAUUGUACUCAUGGGAGGAACCCGAAUGCGGGUCGGAAUCAACACCAAAGGCGAGUGUUUGCUGUGAACGUCCAGGAUGCUACAAAGUCGGAUCCGUUGAUGAGAGGUAUAUAUUUAAUUGGUGGUAAAACGUUAAUUGCCUUAUAUGAUACUGGAGCUUCGCAUUCCUUCAUUGCAUUUGAUAAGGUUGAGGAACUAGGGUUGAAAAUGUCAGAAUUAGCUUUCGAUUUGUAUGUGCAUACCCCAUAUCAGACAGUUGGGACAAAGUUAGGUUGUGGGCAAGUAUCUUUCAAACUUGAGGAUAGGGAAUUUAUCCAUGACUUAAUUUGUUUGCCAAUGGUUGGAUUUGAAAUGAUUUUGGGGUAUGAUUGGUUGUCAAAGAAUCGGGUAUUGUUGGAUUGCUUUGAGCAAUCGAUUAGUUUAUGCCGGAAAGAGAAGGAGGAGCAGUGA